AGGAUUUGAAAGAUUUGAUGAUACGAUGUGGACUGUGUAGUGUAGUGCGACAUAUAAUCACGAUAUGUCAUGAGUUGAAGUCCAAACAGGACGACAAGACCCUCAUUGAUCUGCUGGGUUUCAGGGCUGCAAGUCUGAAGGCAUGUUCAGAGGUGUCUGGGUGGACUAAGUUGUGUGAAGUAGAACUGCCAGAAUCAAUCUCUAAUCUUAUCAAUAUUUUAAGGGCUGAAACAUCACCAGCAUGUAUUGAAAUUCCUGAAGAUGUCAUGAAACUGGAGCUACAUUUUGACAGCCCACCAAUUCUCCACAAUGAUGACAAAAAGAAAAGGCUGUUGUUAAAAACUGUUCAGAAGGAAUUAGAAGAUAUCGUGGACCAUCCAGAAGUUGAAAAAGACGUUGUAAAAAAUUUCUUUGCAAAUCGUAAAGAUGAAAUGCCACAUGGUAGUAUUAGCUAUAGAGUGACUACACUAGAGGAAAAAGAAUCUAAAAAAUUUGUUAACUCAGAAAAUGGCUCUAAGUGCAAGUAUGGGUGUACGGAAAACCGUUUAAUUAAAUGGUGCGCUAAAUGUAAUGACAGAGAAAAAUUAAGACGUAAAGAAAAGAGACAGGCUAAAAAUAAUACAAGAUUGUCCGUGGAAACUAAUCAUGAUAUGGUUAAUGAUAAAAGCGAUGUGAUUGAAAUUGUAAAUAAAAACAAUGACAGCUGUGAACCUGUAUCAAGUAUAGGUAAUAUGGAGGAACUCUGCGACUUUGUGAACACUCUGACAUUACACGACAUAGUGUAUGAACACAUAUAUGCGGAAGGUGUGAGUUUUACUGUAGCAGAUAUCAUAGUAUUUGUCUAUAUCUAUUACCUUCUGGAAUCCCUUAAGUUUAGAUGUACAAGCUUCCUCUAUAAAUUACCCAAUGUGAAGAAAUGGUUGAACCAUAUAUUAACUCUACCCAGAAUGCAACAUACUUCCUUGGCCUGUGGAUUCAAAAUGGACGCCUUAACGAAGUCUGCAAGACAAAUCUCGGACGAAGAGGGUGCCCUUGAGUUUACAAUUCCAGCAGUGACCUUGAUUGUUGAAGAAAAUAGUGCAGAAAUAAGCCGCAGUUCUAAAGCCAAGCAGAAAGCAUUAAAGAAAGACAUUACCAGAGUUUUAGAAAAAGUCAAAGAACACCAUUUAGAUCCAGUUAUUGGACAGCAUCCGUAUGGAGACAAUGUGAAAGUUGACUGGAAUUCAGUGCCUUUGUCAGCUCAUCCAAAAAUAGAGUUACCAGAGAAACGAGUGGGACGGAAGUGUGAACAGUUGGAGAAUCUGGCCACGGCUGUACAGGCUAUAGCCUCACCCGGUGAUAUAAUAGUGGAUUUCUGUAGUGGGGCAGGUCACCUUGGAAUUAUCAUAGCUUACCUAUUACCAGAUUGUAAAGUAUACCUGAUAGAGAAUAAAGAAGAGUCAUUGGUUCGAGCCAGCAGGAGGGAAACCCAACUUGGACUCGAAAAUGUUACACUUUAUCAGUGUAAUUUGGACUAUUUUAAAGGCAAAUUUGAUAUUGGAGUGUGUUUACAUGCAUGUGGGGUAGCUACUGACCUCGUCUUACAACAGUGUUUAGAUAGAAAUGCAUCAUUUGUUAUCUGCCCUUGUUGCUAUGGUAGCAUUCAAAAUACACACCUGAUCACAUAUCCCAGAAGUCAAAGUUACAGAGAGGCAGAGUUAAAUGAUAAGGAUGCUAUAACUCUUGGUCAUGCAGCAGAUCAGACAGAAGAAAAUACUGAAUUACAACAACAAGGGCGUCACUGUAUGAACUUGGUGGAUACAGAUCGUGCAAACCUUGCUAUAGAGAAUGGUUACAGUGUUACCUUGUGCUCUUUAAAACCAUUAUCAUGUACACCAAAGAAUAAUAUCCUAAUUGGUACAAAAUGUACACCAGAUUCCUGACAAAAUGUUGGAAUAGGACUUCUACAGAUAUCUAUUAGUGAUAUUGCAGUUUUUAAUGUUUAAGAUUCUAAGAUUUUUAAGAGUAAAGGACAGCCAUUUCACUUUUUAAAAUACUGCAUUACAAAAUGAAAUUU